AUGUUUUCGAGCACAAAACAUAUGUAUCAUUUUCUUGUCAUCUUGGUGAUCGUUGCUUCGAAUCUGAAUAUCGACGCAGGUCGAACAGACUGGUCAGAAGAGAAGAAUCCAUCUUUUUGGAAUGAACAAGCUCGACUAGACAUUGAAUAUAAUAUACGACGAACAGAAAACAAACGAACAGCAAAGAAUGUUAUUUUUUUUCUUGGUGACGGAAUGGGCAUUUCGACUGUUACGGCAGGCCGAAUCCGAAAAGGACAAAUGCUUGGUCAACUUGGUGAAGAUUUUAUUACUGAAAUGGAACAAUUUUCUCAUCUAGGACUUGCUAAAACUUAUUGCACUGAUCAUCAAACAUCAGAUUCAGCCGCCACAGCAACUGCCUUGUUCUGUGGAGUAAAAGCGGCACUUGGUACGAUUGGUUUAGAUGGACGAGCUUUACGAAGAAACUGCUCGAGUUCUCAUGGGCAUCAUGCCAACAGCAUAUUUGAAUGGGCACAACAACUUGGAUAUCAUAUUGGUAUUGUGGUUACUUCUCGGGUUAGUCACGCUUCGCCAGCUUCGGGCUAUGCUCACUCACCGGAGCGUAAUUGGGAAGGAUAUGACUCAAUAAAUUUUGGAGCAAAACAAGUUGCAGAAGGCUGUGUGGACAUUGCUCAACAGCUUGUACUUCGAUCACCACCAAUCGAUCUUGUUCUUGGUGGAGGUCGAAGAUUCUUUUAUCCAACGCAAACACCUGAUAUCGCCAAUUCUUCAUUGCGUGGAGCACGAACAGACAACGUUUCAUUGAUUGAUGAUAUUUGGAAAGGUCGCUUUAUUUGGAACAAGACAGAUCUUCAUAAGAUUGAAUUAGGAUCGUCGGCACCAAUUCUUGGCCUUUUCCACUAUGAUCAAAUGCGCUUUGAGACGGAUCGAAUUCAAGAUCCGAAAGAGGAGCCCAGCUUGUCAGAAAUGGCCACUUUUGCUGUCAAGCAUUUACUUCAAAAGAGUCAAGACAAAAAUGGAUUUUUUCUCUUCGUCGAAGGAAGUCGUAUAGAUCAUGCCCAUCAUUAUACUCAACCUAGGUACGCUCUUGAUGAUUACGUCGAAUUCGAUAAUACCAUUGGACAAAUAAAACGUAUACUACAGGAUGAAGGUGUUCUUGAUGAUACAUUACUUGUGGUGACUUCCGAUCAUUCAAAUGCAUUUUCUUUCGGUGCUGGUGCAGCACGUGGUUCCAAUAUUUUUGGCUUUGGCACUUUAGAAAAUGCAAACGUGAGUAGUAUUGAUAAAAUGCCAGUAAAUAUUAUAGCUUAUGGGAACGGUCCCAAUUUUGCAUCUAAUCGCAACAAGACAUAUCUGGAUUCACUCGAUUUCAAUCAAACUGGAUAUAGAGCACCAGCAGCGCUUCCUAUGUCAGAAGCAUCACAUGCUGGUGAAGAUGUAGCUGUGUUUGCGCAGGGCCCAUGGAGUCAUUUAUUUAUAGGAGUAAUGGAACAGAGUACAAUUGCACACAAAAUGGCUUAUGCAGCUUGUUGGGGUGACUAUCAAAAACGUAAAGGAUGUGCAUAA